UCCACAACUAUGGCGGCGUAGUACUAGAAGCUACAGGGACGCGGUCAUAAUUUCGCUUAAUUUUCUAUAUUUUCGUUGAAGCUUGCAUUAGUCACCUUUUGAAGUUACUUUAAAAUGUUUUAGAGUUUUGUUUGCGUACACUACAUCCCAGAAAUGGCAUCAUGGGCUGGCUUUUCGGACGAAGAGCUGCGGAGAAUACAGCUGAAAGGACCCUCAGUUUUCAUUGGAAUUUGUUCCACCGCAGAUCAAGCGAUGUCUACUCCAGGGAAUGGACGGGGCCGCAAACCGACUACCACCAACCGGAGUCGGCAACAGCUCCAGCGGGAACGAGCACUCAAACUCGCCGCUCAAACCACUGAGAACAACGAGACAUUACCACCCGAGCAGAAGCUCACCAAGCCCCAUUUGGCAUCACCUGCGCCCACAGUACCGACUGCCGUUGACACCAGAAAGGACGAGCCUGUGACUGUAAAGGCAGCUGCGGUCAAGCCUGUGACAGUAAAGGUAGAUUCGGUCAACAACCAUGAUACGGAGCUGUCGGUUGAAGUCAUACCAGCGGCAAAAGAGUUGGAUAAACAGGAAGUGGAAUUGAGGGAGCGAACUCGUCUGGAGAAACUGCAGCUUGAACAGCGAAUUAUGGAAGAGAAGAAUAAACAGAAGAAGGCUCUAUUAACCAAAACCAUUGCAGAGAAGUCCAAGCAGACUCAGGCUGAGGCAGUAAAACUGAAACGCAUUCAGAAGGAGCUGCAGGCGCUGGACGACUCUGUGUCCAAUGAUAUCAACAUCCUCCGCAAGCUGAUCGAGCAGGCCAGCCUGGACUACUCCACUGCAUGGAAGCGAUUUGAGCGCGCGGAGGCAGAGUACGUGGCGGCGAAGCUGUCGCUGCACCGGCACACCGACGUUAAGGAGCAGCUGACGGAGCACCUGUGCGCCAUCAUUCAGCAGAACGAGCUGCGCAAGGCGGCCAAGCUGGAGGAGCUGAUGCAGCAGCUUCAGCUCAGUGAGGAGCUGGAGAGCCAGCCACCCCCAGCACCCCCAGGGAAGGAGCAGCCCAGCAGCGCCCAGAGCCCUGCAUCGCCCCCCGGCAACGACUCCACCACCACCUCGACCACCACCACCACCACCUCGACCACCACAGCAGCAGGAGAUCCAGGCAGUAAACAGGGCUGUCCCGAGGCCAGCCCAGCCCCAGCAAGCACCGUACUAUCCUGCGCAUUGCUUGCAUGAUUGGUGAAAAGCAGACGUGGCGAGAGAUUGGUGUCCCGUUGGUCGGUGCCCUGCGUCUGUGCCGUGGUAAGAUGAUCCGCCUGCGUCGGGAGGCCCUCUGGAUGUGGACUAUGUAUUGAUGGGCCGUAGUGGCCCUCUGGAUGUGGACUAUGUAUUGAUGGGCCGUAGUGGCCCUCCUUGUGUCCGUGUUUUUUCUUCUUUCGCUCGGUUUACUCACCGACGUCGGCGAAGCAAGCCGGUUUCCCUAGACACCCUGCUGUUCGUCUGCCGGAGAGUCAAAUGGGUGUACUGCUUUGCUCUCAGUCCUUAGUCCUCGCCUAAAACACAAACGUUCCUCCAGCGUUAUCCCACGCUGCACUGACGGGCCUAACUUACUACAUUUUGAUUUACGAUGGUGUAUUGUGAGAUUGCUAUUUAAUUUUUUUUUUUUUUUUAACCAGCGGUUUUUGUGUGGGUCCUCUUUGGUCUGGACUUAAUCUUUGUUUUAUUGGUCUAUAUAGUCUGUUGGUUGUGUCUUCAAAUUAUUGCCUGUGAAAGAAUUAGGUCUACAUAUAUUCUAGUCUGUUUUAUUUAAACAUGUUUAUUGUUAUUAUUACAGCCUGGGCUCAAAUGGAUUUUCAAAUUGUUGACCCUUAUAUAAAGUGGAUUUCAUGGGGACUUUUUUCCUUGGGUUGUUUUUAAUACAUGAAAUGAAGUAACCUUAUUAUAGCUUGUCUGUUUAACAUACCUUAUGGAAUUGCACAAUUGCCAGCUUGAGACCAAAUAUUUAGAUAGGUUGUCUCAACUUUACACUAGGCUACCGACUUUAUGAUUGUUUAAGGUGCUGUCCGAAUACGGUCUUAAGCUCUCUUGUCCGGGCAGUCCACCUGACAGCUCACAUGGCGGUUCAAAGCAACUUUAAGAGCGUUGUAAGUGUUCCUCAAACCGGCCCGGAUUUUUUUACUGCCGCCUGGUCCCAUCUGGUCGUCUGCAUGCGGCAGUGCCAUAAACUCAACUCAUUUAAUUAGUCGCUGCAAGCGGCCGCAAGUGUGCCCUCUGCCAGACAACCUCCACGCGCUUCCAAGGUCACACAAAUGGGCGACGUUUGUUUCUCUGCCCGUAAAUUAGGUUUCGCUGGACUUUCAACUCUUUGCUUAACUUUUUCAGCCCAACAUCUAGAAAAUGUAUAGGCCUAUUUAUGCUCUAUAGACAUAGGGAUAUGAAACAUGGACAUGUCGGCCAUAUGGGAAAUUGCUUCUCUGUCAUUGGAUCAAAAUGUUAACAUUGCACUAAUAAACCAAUAAAUAAAUCCGCCCAAAUAAA